UUUGGGAAAUGGCUUACUCUGUCGCUAACAAUUGAUAUCUAGCGAUUCUGGACCUUGUUCCACAGCUCAGACCUUUCAGGCUGCCAUAUGACCUAUGAAUAGCACGUCUACUCUUCUUUCGCUAUGGGAGAGAUUGUGGAACGAGCUGAACAUUUGGCUAAGUGGGUGGUGGACUGAUUGGAGUGUUCAUAUUCCAUCGGUUGAACGGUUGGUAGGUCAUUGUACCAGUAAGUGUACAAGUUUUCUUUUUGACUGCAUCUCACUGAACACAGAUGCGAUGCUGAUGAAUUAUUUGUCUUUUUUCGUCCCACAGUUCCCUAUUGGGGCCAGCUGGAUCGCGUGGCGAUUAACAAGAGCAACUGGGUCAUCAACUAAUUGUUGGUUCGAUCAGUGCCCUCACCAUCGGAAAAGUGUUGUGCACGCGAGAUUGAUCAUUCUUCAACCCCUCAGCUCGACGCGCAUUUUUGUCCGCCACUCCCCCAAUCCCUUUCCUGGGAUGCCUGCACUGAAACCUUGCUCCUGUCCUUCGGCGCCCGUGCUGUUGCUAACUAAUAUACCUCACAGCACCGUUGUACCGCGGAAGCGAUGCAUGUGCACAUAGGGGGAAACAGUUGCAAACACCUGCAUGUCAGUGUGCAGAUCCUCGCAGUGAUGUCGCGAUUUGGUUCGGUCUUGGAACAGCUCGAC